AUGGAGCUGGGGCAUACCUCACCCAGGCAGACAGAGACCGACAUGGAGCUAGAGGAGGAGUCACCCAGGCGGACAGAAACAGACAGCCAGCCUGGGGACCACUCAGAGGGGCCUGUGGAGAACGGACAUGUCCCUACUGGUCUGGAACCACACAGAAGACAACCAUUUUCCCCGUCCCUCCAGUCCCCACAGAGAAUGGACAUAUCCAUACCCUUCUGGUCCAAUCAGAGACAGAGGUCAGCCACAUCACUAUCUCUGUGGUCCAAUCAGAGGCUUUUAGCUCCAUCCCUUCUCUAGUGGUCAGUGUCGACAACAACAUGGAUCCCUUCAGACCUCCCUCCCUCCCCCUGGCCCUCUCUGAGGCCCCCUUGGCGGGGCUGGCCUCUGCAAUCACCCCCGCAUCAUCAAACACAAACCUAGCUCCAUCACCUUCUCAGACUACACCUGUAGUCCCUCCACCUGUCACUCUAGCACCGACCACAGCGUUUUCCAUCAAUGACAGCUCCGGACUGCAGGGAGUGUACCUCAGAGGAGGAUGAUGAAGGUGAUGAUGAUGAAGAUGGGGAUGAUAACGACAUUUCCCAGAGCUGCUUCAGAGCAGUGAGUUCCUGGUCAGUCGGAGGAGAAGGAGCAGCAACAGAGACAAAGUAGUUAAGAAGAGAGGAUCUAUGCGUCCCCAGGCUGAGGCACCAGUCAGGUCUACAUCCACACUACAGCCAGCUCCCACCUCUCCUUCUACUCUUCCUCCAAAAACCAGAGCCACAGCGGCUACGACGCAGAGACUGAGAGCAGCAGCACAGAGUAG